CGAACUUCAAUUCCUCUGGAGUUGUCUCUCAUUUCACAGACCCAUAGACAGACAAACAUGAUUUUCGAAACCGGAAUUCAAAUUCGACAAAAUGAUAUCUUCUCACACGAGCUCAUCUGAUUCUGAAGGCGCCACCACCUGAACUGAAGGCCGUUUAUACACAGCUGACCAUGAUGAUUCUCCGGCUCUGCGAACAACAUCAGAUGAGAUCUCGCCGUCACCCACACUCCUAGGUAGAAUCGAAUCCCCCAGUCUAUGCCGUCUGCAGCUUCACGUUGCCAUUGCUGCAGCUUCACAGCUCCAAUCCGCCGUUCAAAUUCGCUCCCUCUUCCGCGCCGUAGCACCACCCUGCCCCCGCCGAUCCUCCAUGGCCGCCGGCGCGUGGCCGGCGGCCGCCGUGGUACGCGCAGCCGUGCGCACGCUCGGGCGCUUCCUCCCCCGCACCUAUACCCACUCCACCACCACCACCGCCACCACCACCACCGCGGCGACUGCAUCAGCCGCCGUCUCCUCUCCGGCGCACAGCCUCGACGACUACAACCGCCUCCUGGCCGCGCUCGCCCGCGACGGCGACGGCGACGGGGCGCUCCGCGUGCUCCGCCGCAUGCGCCACGCCUCCUCCUCCCCGGCCUGCGACCCCACCGCCGACUCCUACAUCUCCGCCAUGUCGGCCCUCUCCAAGGCCGGGCGCCCGGCCGAUGCCGCGGCGCUCUUCGACGACAUGCUCGCCCACGGCGUCGUGCCCAACCGCCCCGCAUUCUCCGUCCUCCUCCACAUCUACUCCUCCCUCCUCCACCUCCCCUCCGCCGCCCACUCUGUGCUCCUUUGGAUGUCCCGCCUCGGCUUCCGGCCCAACCCCAUCGACUACACCGACCUCAUCUUCUCCUUCUGCCGCGCCGGCCGCCUCCCGGACGCGCUCCACCUGUUCGACGAAAUGCGCGCGCUCAAAUACCCGCUCACCCCACACACCUACGCGCCCAUCCUCAAGGCCUACUGCGCCAGCGGCGAUAUCCAAGCCGCUGACGCGCUAAUCAGUUCCAUGCGCUUAUCUGGGUGCCACCCCGACGUCGUCAUUUACAACAUAUACAUACACGGGCUAUGUAAGGUAGGGGAUUUCGAUGCCGUGGAGAGGAUUAUCGAAGAGAGUAGCCGAAACGGGUGGGUGCCAGACGCAGUCACAUACAGCACCUUCAUUGCUGGGCUUUGCCGAUCUGGAUAUGUCGAAGAUGCUUUCCGGCAGCUGGAGAUCAUGGUAGCAAAGGGGCUACAGCUGACAGUGGUUGGUCUGAACAUACUGUUGGAUUAUGCUGGGCAGGAUCUGGAUAUGUGGGUAAGCAAGGAGGUGCUGGAGAGAUGCGAAGAGCUGGGCUUUGAGGUCGAUGUUGUGACCUACAACACAGUCAUGGAUCAUUUCUGCAAGAAGAUGAAAUGGCUGCGUGUCCUAAAGUUAUUCACGGAUCUGCUCAAGAAGCCCAUAACACCCAACGUGCAGACAUACAACAUUUUGAUUUCAUGCCUAUGCCGAGCCGGCAAGUUUCAGCUUGCCGAGUUCGUGUUCAGCUGCAAUGGGUUUGUGGCAGACACCGUUACUUGUAACAUUUUGAUCCAUGAGUUCUAUGGUGCUGGAAAGGAGGGUGAGCUUGGCUUCUUGUUCUCUGAUGUGAAUGCAGGGAAAAUUGCCCCAGAUACAAUUACAUACAAUACUCUGGUUGAUUGUUUCUUUAGGUCUGGGAAGAGGUCUGAGGCUGCCAAUUUGGUCAGGCACACUGAUGAUGGUUACCCUGCAGAACCAGUAGCACAUUUGGCAUAUUGGUUGUUCAGGAGUGGAAAUGAUAGAGAGGCUUUGAGGCUGUUUGAUGAUAUACUAGCAAAAGGAGUUCCUUUAGAUAGUAGGGUUUUUGCUAAUGUGAUCAAGGCAUUUUGCAGAAGGGGUCCUGUAGUGGAAUGCAGAGACAUGACACAGCUGUGUUCUGUAUUGGAUAGGCUGCUUGGAAUCGGUUGAUCCUUCUCUUGCAUGCGAAAACGCCUGUAGCUCUGCUGAUUCUCUCUAUCUAAUUUACAUGGCAUUGCCCUCAUUUUUGAACUUGCACUGUUGUAUGUAGGAAACAGCAAUUGUUUUUUCUUGCUUUGUUGAGAAAGCAACAGUAAUUGAAAUUAAAACCCAUAUUUGGUUUUCUUUA